AUGACAGGCAUGACCAGAGUGGUGAUCAUUCAGGAUGUCAACAUAACGCAGAAGUAUCAGGAAUUGCUGCGCAAGCUUGAGACUAUGGGCGGCGAGAAGGUCGGACGGCAUGUGGUGCACUGUCGUCUGUUCAAUCGAAAGACGCUUACAAAUGGAUAUAUGAACCAGCGCAUGUUCAUGCUGAGGAUGUCACAAAUCGACGAUUUGGUGUACGCAGUCCUUGCCAAUGAGAAGGCACACACUCUAGCACCUAGCGACAAUGGAAUUGAGGGGCUAAUGGAAGAUUGCUCUCUGCUAGAGUGUGGGCUUGAUGGAGCUAAUAUUUUUCAACAAGUUGAGAUCUACGCCUUUAAAUCGGAUGGGCAGUUUGAGGGAACACAGUAUGUGUUAGGCGACUUUGUGGUGAGCGUAUGCACGUUCAUGUCCCGAAACAAUCUUCCGCGAGGUCUCGUCAUUGAGGUACAGUACUCGCCGUGCUACACAGUGUCGCAUAUAGAUAUGCUGAUCGACGAGUUCCUAAGCAACUUUGUCUCGCAUGAUCACCUACGCAAGCCUGUUGAGAACAUGCCGGCACUUUUUGACAAAAUAGGACUAUCCAACAGCGAGUACAGCCUUAAGCACACUGCACUGCAAUACGUCGCCGCAUUUAACAUUUUGCGCAAGUUUGAAAAAUGA